UUAAAUAACUUUAACGCAAAUAUUUAUACAUUUUAUUCUUUUAAAUCCUAGUAGUUUUUGUUAACAUUUAAGUCGGCAGUUAAGCGUGAGCGAUUACUUUAUUACCGACAAUUCAACAACCGUGUUCUGUGGUCUUCUCCCUUUGACAGACUGAAACACAACAAACAUGUCUUCGGAGUUGGAUAACUGGAUAGAAAUCGCCAAGGAGUGUAAAUAUUUGCCCGAAAACGACUUGAAGAAAUUGUGUGACAUCGUAUGUGGCAUACUACUGGAGGAGUCCAACGUUCAGCCGGUUUCCACACCUGUCACAGUUUGUGGAGAUAUACAUGGACAGUUCUACGAUUUGGAAGAGCUGUUCCGGAAAGGUGGGCAAGUCCCUGAUACGAACUAUGUGUUCCUCGGCGAUUUUGUUGACAGGGGUUACUACAGUUUGGAAACAUUUACAAGAUUGCUCACUCUUAAAGCCAAAUAUCCAAAUAAAAUCACUCUUCUGAGAGGUAACCACGAGAGCAGACAAAUUACUCAAGUAUAUGGAUUUUAUGAUGAGUGUAUGACCAAGUACGGAAAUGUUAAUGCUUGGAAAUACUGUUGCACAGUAUUUGAUUUGUUGACUGUUGCUGCCUUAAUAGAUGAAAAAAUUUUAUGUGUUCAUGGUGGUCUGAGUCCUGAUAUAAAGACUUUGGAUCAAAUACGACUGUUGGAGAGAAAUCAAGAGAUUCCUCACAAAGGUGCUUUCUGUGAUCUUGUGUGGUCUGAUCCCGAGGAAGUGGAUGCCUGGUCAAAUAGUCCUAGGGGUGCUGGAUACCUUUUUGGAGCCAAAGUUACACAUGAUUUCAUUCGCAUUAAUGCACUGUCACUUAUAUGUAGGGCACAUCAAUUAGUACAUGAAGGUUACAAAUAUAUGUUUGAUGAAAAAUUGGUGACUGUAUGGUCUGCACCCAAUUACUGUUAUCGAUGUGGAAACAUCGCUAGUAUUUUGGAAAUCGAGAGCACUGACAAAAUCGAACCGAAGCUUUUCCAGGCCGUUCCUGAUUCUGAAAGAGUAAUACCAAAUCGAAAUGUUACACCGUAUUUUUUAUAAAGCAAUAUUACUUAAUAUAAUCUCGUAGGUUUAAUACCGCUGUUUUUAAAUUUGUUUUCUAUUUUUGUGUAUAAAUAGCUUAAAUAAAUUUUUAAGACUUCGUUUUUAA